CAAAUAUUAAAUGUCUAUUGUCGAUAAGAAUUAUUGAAACAAUCAGAAAUACACAAAUUCAAAGAUUUAUGUAUUAUAUAGUGGGACAAUGGAGUAUAACACUACAUUGUACAGUUCGAAUUCCGAAGCAGAUUUUUCAAUCAUACUUCAGUUAAUUUAGGUGGAGUACCGGAAAAUUUGUGCGCCGACCUUCUGGCAACCUGCUAUGGUUCACUUUACCGAUCUCCACAGGCAGCCAGUCGCAGCAGGGGAAACCCGGCAGUUAUGAUUCGUCUACACGGGGACAGUAGGCGAAGAACUUCAUGAACUGACCAACCUGAAACUAAAGGACAAAGACUCCACCGGACCCGACGGUUAUCCAGGAUUUUGAGUAAAAAAGAUGACGAAAUAUAUAGCUAAACCUUUAGCAUCCAUGUAUUUCAAGAGCAAAGUCUACAAGAAUAACUCGAACACAAUUGCGAAGCUGAAACAAGAGAUCAGACGUGAAAUUACCAACAUAGGACCUGAUUUGUGCCACGGAGUAGUCGAAAAUUUCUCGAAGCGGAUUACGUCAUGCCACAUGAGCCGCGGCGAAUAUGUAAAGGGUAGGGAGACGCCCGGUGUCUUGGGACCAAGAAUAUACAAUAAGUUGCCUGAUGAAAUAAAACUGUGUACCUCCUUGAAGCAGUUCAAAAUAUGUUUGAGUAGUAGGUUGUUAGAUAAAUGUUCGCGCAAUGUGUAUGAGUUUGUUAAUGUUUAAGGAAUUUUACUUUGCUUACUAUGCUUAUAUAUGGUAUAUCUCACUUGACAAAUCCAAUGCAAAUUGUUAUGUCUCCUGGA